GCCGGUGCGGGCGGGCUCCCUCCUUCCAAGCGCACUCCGGCGGCCCUUCCUCGCUCUCGCUCUGCUCCCAGGCCUCUAUUCUUCUCCAGCUGCCUCUGCGCCCGCCCGACUCCGGUUGGUGGCGCUGCCAUGAACAAAGGCUUCGCCCGGAAGAGCCACGUAUUCCUGCCCAAGAUAUUUAAAAAAAUGUCUUCCCAGCCCAAAGAACGCCCUGAAGGUUUGCAGUUCCCCUUUCUGGAUGAUCAUGAAACGAUCACAACCAUCAAGGAAUCAAAAACAUUAUUCAUUCUCCGGGGUCUUCCAGGCAGUGGGAAGUCCACCUUGGCACAAGCCAUCCAAGAUAAGUACAAAGAUGCUUGCAAAAUUGUCUCCGUUGACAACUACAAAAUCCAGCCAGCCAUCAGGAGCCCCCUUCCCGAUGAGUACAGCAAAGUAGACGAGGAUCUAAGUGUCUAUUGCAAGCGUGAUGUCAGCGUCGUGGUGGUGGAUGACACCCACCACGAGCGGGAGCGGCUGGAUCAGCUCUUCGAGAUUGCUGAUAAGUACUGCUACAAAGUCAUCAUUGUGGAGCCCAAAACAGCAUGGAAACUGGAUUGCUUGCAGCUCAAGGAUAAGAACCAGUGGAAACUUUCAGUGGAUGAUCUAAAGAAGCUGAAGCCCAGCUUAGAAAAGGACUUCCUUCCCUUGUAUUAUGGAUGGUUUUUGAGUAAACGCAGUUCGGAGAACUUGCGGAAGACAGGGCAGGCUUUUUUGGAUGAGCUUGCCAGUAUCAAAGUCUUCAAAAAGGAGGCCAAUAAACACUUUGGACAAGCCACUGAAGACCCCAAAGUGAAAAUUGACUUGACCAGCUACUUUGUGAAAAGGCCACCAAGUGUCUUGCACUGUACCACAAAAUUUACUGACUUUGGGAAGGCCCCAGGAGCAGAUGACUAUGCACAGCAGGAGGUUGUGAAGUCCUCUUACGGAAAAGCCUUCUUCCUGACCAUCACUGCUCUUUUCAUCACUCCAAGAACUGCGGGGGCCCGUGUGGAACUAAAUGAGCAGCAAAUGUUUCUGUGGCCGGGCGAUGUGGACGUACUUCAGCCAGCGGUCAACCUUCCGAAAGGCAGCCGGGCCCAUGUCACCCUGGGUUGUGCCAGUGGGAUAGAAGCAGUCCAGACAGGCCUGGACCUCCUUGAAUUUGUUAAGCUGGAGAAGGCAGGGAACAAAGGCGAGGAGGUUGGGGAGAUUGGGGGCGGGAAACUUUUGUCAUACGGGAAUGGCAUGUGGAUGCUCGUGUUCUCCAAAAAAAUUGAAGUCAGAGCCAUCUUUUCCGGGUACUAUGGAAAGGGAAAACUGGUGCCAACUCAAGGAGGUAGCAAGCGAGGGUCACCCUUUAAUGCUUGCAUCAUCAUCUAAAGGCUGCCCUCGCCUGUUUUGCAGUCCUGUGUAACCUUUUAUAAAAACGCACACAAAAUAUUGUCCUCCAAUUCAUAUUAAAUUCAAGCAUAGCCAGUCUUUCCACAGAUAUACAUUUUUCUCCCCUUGUCAUUUGAGAAACAAGCCAGCAGCCUGGGCAUUUUUUAAUAUGUAUAAAUUAAAAUUAAUGCAACCGAAGAUUUGGAUAUGCAAGCAUCUUUUUCUAAUUCAGAGAAACGGCAUGCUUCCUCAGGCGAUAUCACUGCUGGUCACUUAAAUCUGGUACCCAUUGCCCUCAUAGUGGAAUAAACUGGCUUUAGACAUGGUAAAUAUGCACCAGAGGGAGAACCUCUUCCUCCCUCUGGUCCAUUACAAAACAAAACAAAAC